UAGCGUACAGAAUGUUACACCUCAUCACACAGUCAUAUUACACAGAGUCCUUAAUUUCCUCUCAUUGUUUGCAUCAUUUCCUAGAGAAUAGAGAAAGAAACAGGAGGGGAAAUACACAAAAAGAAUACACUGGCGUGUUAUUUUGUGCUUAUCUCUUGCUCAUAGCUCUAGUGCUCUGUAGCGUCGAACUUCAAAAUUACUUUUUCUUUCAGAGUAUUGUCAUAUAUAGUGAUUGAUACCAUCACGAAAACCGUUACGUUAAAUUCCCCACUGAUUUGAGCAGCCCUUUUUUUUCAUUUUUAGCCACUGUUCAUAUAUUACAGAUUGUUACAGGAAGAGACAGUGAAGAUGGUGGAGAAGACAGAGAUGAAAUUUAAUCCAGAAGAAGUAAUUGAGGAAUUUGAGGCGUUGACCAAAGAAGCUGGUAAAGUUCAAGAAGAGACUCUUAAAAAGAUUCUAAAAGAGAAUGGAGGCACAGUUUAUCUACAGCAAUGGGGUCUAAAUGGAAGAACUGACGCUGAGUCUUUCACAGCUUGUGUUCCUCUUGUCACUCACAAAGAUUUAGAGCCUUACAUUCAAAGAAUUGCUGAUGGGGAUCCUUCCCCUGUUCUCACUGGAAAACCCAUUACAACCAUCUCAUUAAGUUCGGGUACAACACAGGGAAGGCCAAAGUUUGUACCUUUCAAUGAUGAAUUGAUGGAAUCCACGUUGCAGAUAUACAAAACAUCUUUUGCCUUUAGGAAUCGAGAAUUCCCAAUUGGGAAUGGGAAAGCUUUGCAGUUCAUUUACAGCAGCAAACAGUUCAAGACAAAGGGAGGUUUAGCAGCUGGAACUGCAACUACCAAUGUAUAUCGUAAUGCACAAUUCAAGAAAACAAUGAAGGCAAUGCAAACUCCAUGUUGUAGCCCUGACGAAGUUAUAUUCGGUCCUGAUUUUCACCAAUCUUUAUACUGUCAUCUUUUGUGUGGCCUCAUUUUUCGAGACGAAGUGCAAGUUAUCUCCUCUACAUUUGCUCACAGCAUUGUCCAAGCUUUUAGAACUUUCGAACAAGUGUGGGAAGAACUUGUUGCAGACAUAAGAGAAGGAGUCCUGUCUAGCCGAAUCACGGUCCCUUCCACGAGAUCAGCAAUGUCUAAAUUGCUGAAACCUGAUCCAGAACAGGCUGAUAUCAUUUUUAGAAAGUGUUCUGGAUUAAGCAAUUGGUAUGGUUUGAUUCCUGUACUCUUCCCAAAUGCCAAGUACAUAUACGGAAUCAUGACGGGUUCCAUGGAACCUUACCUCAAGAAAUUGAGGCAUUAUGCUGGGGAGCUACCAUUACAAAGUGCAGACUAUGGGUCAUCUGAAGGAUGGAUUGGAGCAAAUGUCAAUCCUAAGUUGCCCCCUGAACAAGUUACUUAUACUGUGCUUCCUAAUAUUGGUUAUUUUGAAUUCAUUCCUCUUAGGGGGGAUUUAGACGGCCUUGAGCCUACACCAGUGAGUCUUGCUGAAGUUAAACUUGGUGAAGAGUACGAAAUUGUUGUCACCAAUUUUGCAGGGUUGUAUCGUUACAGACUCGGUGAUGUUGUGAAAAUAAAAGGAUUCCACAACGCCACACCAGAACUACAGUUCAUUUGCCGUAGAAAUCUUUUGCUAAGCAUUAAUAUUGACAAGAACACUGAGAAAGAUUUACAGCUAGCGGUGGAAGCAGCAGCUAAGCUCUUAGUAGAUGAAAAGUCAGAGGUAGUCGAUUUCACGAGCCACGUCAAUGUUGCAGCUGAUCCAGGGCACUACGUGGUUUUCUGGGAACUCUGUGGUGAAGCAAGUGAUGAAACAUUGCAAGAAUGCUGCAAUUGUUUGGAUAAAUCGUUCGUCGAUGCAGGCUACCUGGGUUCUCGGAAGGCUAAUGCCAUUGGAGCACUUGAGCUUAGAGUUGUGAAGAGAGGGACAUUCCAUAAGAUAUUAGAUCAUUUUGUUGGAUUAGGAGGUGCUGUUAGCCAGUUCAAGACCCCAAGAUGUGUUGGUCCAAACAAUAGCACACUGCUGCAAAUACUGUGUAAUGAUGUUGUUAAGAGCUAUUUUAGUACUGCCUUCUGUUGAUGUUGAAAUUGAAUUUAGCUUUUAGUGAUGUAUCCUUAAUAACUGUACAAAAAUUGACGAGUUGUAUGGAAAAGAAAAUGAAGCUUAGUUGUUGGUUUUUGUUAA